UGCCAUGAGUUAUGAUCCAUGAUCAGUAUUGUCGUAUUGACGAUUGUAAAAUACGUAGUUACAAAGUAGUUACAAUAGUAGUGAGUUGUUGAGAAGCACCAUGGAUCUGUCGUUAUCAGAAGAUCGUGCUGUGGAAGAUGUUCGAUGCGAGUUUGGAAAAAUGAAGAACGCCAUGGAAUGCGAGCAGGAGAUUCGAUCUGCUAUCAGACCAAUUCUCAAAGAUCUGACCAACCACACGAAAGAGGCUGUAGCAAUACUCCGAGCUGUCCACCAAUCGUCACGCAAUACUGCAGACCUAACUCAGGCAGCACGGGCACGACUGCCCCAAAUUCAGAGCCUGUUGAAACAGCUGGGAACUGUAUACCCAUCCGAGUGGUACCAUCGGUAUCAUGACAUGUGGCGGAACACUUGUCAAAACCUAUCCCUGCUCGGCUCAUUCAUUCAUUACUUGCAAACAGGCACACUAAUCCGUCGCAAUCAACUUGCUGACUUGCUUGAACUUUCCAUAUCAGCUGAUGAUGGAUUUUGUAUUACUCUGGACGACAUGCUGGCUGGUUUUCUGGACUUGGCUUCUGAGCUGUCCCGUCUUGCUGUCAAUUCUGUUGUACAUGGUGAUGUCGAGCGGCCUGUACAGAUUGCAGCGUUCAUCAAUGAGAUGAACAGCGCUUUCCAGCUGCUCAACCUGAAGAACGACUUCCUGCGCAGGCGCUACGAUGGCCUCAAGUACGACGUACGUAAGGUGGAGGAGGUUGUCUAUGACCUCUCCAUCAGGGGUUUGAAGAACCCUGGAGAGCCUGGCUCUGGCUAGAUGGAAGUCUUCUGGUUUGGCCGGACGACGGACGUGUUCCUGUUUUCAGUUUGGCUGGCCGUGCACUUACUUUGAUCACCGUGUCGAUUGCAGUAAGAAGAACAGUGUGCUGGUGAGUUGGAUGGUAACGAUGGUAUUGUCACAUCGACGCAUGCAUGAACACUGUGGUGAAGUUGAACUCCGCUGGGCCGAAAACUGUGUUCGUGUUUCAGUGCGUGUCUCCAACACCUUGCCAUCGGGUAGCAAUCAUUCGGUGCGGCCUACACACUGUGCUGGUGCUUGCCAACCAGCCACAGACUGUCCUGUGAGUGCCGUAUGUCCUUGCACCACUCGCCGCUAAGCGUCUUGGCACUAGCAGCACACACUGGCACCGCACUGUAUGUGUGUGUGUGUAUGUGUGUGUGUAUGUGUGUGUGUGUGUGUGUGUUGUUGGUGGUGGCAGUGGCAGUGUCCAUUUGGACAACUUCUACCAUGUGUGUAGCGGUUGUAUGCAGCUUGGCUAUCGCUUCCUGCAAGCCCACGGCACUAGCCUGUUGCCAGUAUUCCUUGGUUGACCUUGCUAGCUUGACAACACCACUGCACUAUAAUAUAUCGUGUGAAUCAUGUCCCAUGGUUAUGUGCCAAACUCAGUCAAACUUGGCCUUAACCCAACAACAUGCACUGCAGCACUCAUUGUUCUGAUGAAGGAAAGGACACUGAGUCACCAGCUGACAUAACAUUGUGCUUUGUUUCUUCAAGUGGCAAAUGUGUACAAUCACCACUGUGUGACGGCAGAAUA